CGCAGCCAGUGUAGCAGACGGCAGCCCGCCUAGGCGAAGGCGAGUACGGUGGGCUUCGCGGUCAGCAUGGCGGCUGUGCACAGCGAUUUCGAACUCUGGCUCACCGACAAAUUGCGAGCCUUAAACAUUGAUCCGGACGUUUUUGGGAGCUACAUCACUGGCAUACUCGAAGGGAAUGAGACGGAGGACGAGAAGUCCGAGGCGCUCCAAGGCAUCCUCACAGAAGUUUGCGAGGAUGCGCUGUGCGACGUGAAGGACGAGAUAUUUAAUAAGUGGUCGGAAUAUAACGAGCGACCAGCCGAGGGAGACGUGCGGGUGAAUGAUGAACAAGGUAAAUACAACGUCGAAGCGAAGCUCGUGAGUCUCAUGGAGGAGCAGGCCAAAUCUGUUGUCGCUGAAAAGAAUCUAUCUGUGGAGGAACAGAAGUUGCGACAGGCCAUUCUCGCGCAGUACGGCGAAGUUUCCGACGGAGAGGAGGAUGUGGUAACAAAGCCAUCAGCAGAAUUGGUGGCCACUUCUGUGGCCUCAGGAGCAGCUCCCAAGGAGCAUUAUGUUCCAAAAUUGCUUGCGAGGAACACAAACGCCGAGAAUGUGGCCCACGCCGAGAAAGAGAAACGAGAGUUGAGCAAGCAAGAGCACGAGCGCAAGAAGGCCCAGGACAAGCUGAACCGUGAAAAGCAGAAGCAGCAGGCACAGGAGCGCAAGGACAAAGAGCGCAAACGUACCCAGAAGGGCGAGCGGCGCCGGUAGCACCGCAUGCCGACUCGCAUAUCCUCGUGACUCCCGCCUUUCCCUUGUGGAACGUGUUGAACAGACACUAGGAAUAUUUUCUCAGCACUUGCAGAAAUGUUAACGCAGGCACAGUUGGGGUAUCGCAGCUACCUGAGUGGUCGACGCGUGACAAUUGGUUCACAAACUUCCUGCAUCCUUCCUGCCUCAGGACCACAAGAGGCGGCUAUGACCUAUUGAUGAAUGUGGCUGGACUAGAGCUUACCGUUUCAGCUUGAAUAAAAGCCAGCCAUGAACGUGGUGGAUGUUCCCACACUGAAACAAAAUGCAAUGCAUUUGCCAUAAAUUGUCAAUGGAUGCACAAAGCAUUAAUCAGUUGUUUUGAAAUUGCAUGUGACGAUUGGUUCCCAACAAUCCAUAACUCUUUCUACAUGCACUCCCAAUUACCAUUGGAACCAAUGGCAGUUGAAACCUGCAAGCUCUGUUGCGGUGUUGGAGAAUUAUCUCAGUGGAGGCCAUGGAACAUGCAGAUGUCAGUGAUCGUUGCUUUCACUGGUGCACUGGGAAAUGCAUGUGUGGCACGGGUAUUAAAGUCACUGGAUACUACAUUCCCAUUGCUAAUGAUGAAAGGUGCUUGAUGCAUUAUUUCAUGCUCCAUAUUGACUCACUAUGAAUAAAGCCAGCUGUGUUCACAGAUCUGGACAUCAUGCUGAAACCGAAUGAAAUGAAUUCGCCAGUAAAAGCCAAUUGAUGGAUGCACGGAGUUUGAUCGCUAGUGAAAUCGCAUGUUGUGAUUAUAAAUGUUCUCCUCUUGAGAUUACUGUGAUGUAAGGUGCCUGUGACCCAUGCGAGUCUGGGUUUGCAUUUCUCCUCGUGCUGAUAGCAUAGCAUGUGUGUUGUUCGUUGCCCGCCUUAGCGUGCCAGCGUGCCCGAGUUUCUGCCCUAGCACCAGGAACGUGACAUAUGCCCUACGGUGCUCGUAUUAGAAAGGCGGGAAAAACCUGUAGUAAACUAUAAGUACCCUCAGGCCUCAUUGUCUUUGCCAUUGUGAUGCCUAAGCAGUUGACAGCUUGUUGCUCUUCCUUCAUAUUCAUGGGUCAACCUGAUUGAAGUACGCUCCGUUGUGACCCUAUAGUCCUUUGUCAUAGCAGCAGCAAGAACCACUGGUGAGUGUUCAGUUGAUGCAAGGGUGUGCUGUUUUCUUCUUUUGGCAGCUGUUUUGGUGGUGCAUAGUUUUCUUUUGUCAUUGACCACCUGUAUGGUUAGAAUUUAAAUGCAUUAGCAUUAUUGGCAUUGAAUUGUGGAGGCGUAUAAUUUGUGCCAGUUGUGAGGGAAUAUAUUUGAAGUGGGUGCCCUCCCCACAGCUUUGAUCUAUGGUCACCAAUGCUUGAGAUUUGACAUCUUGGCUCAGAAGAUGCAAUUCUUACUGCAUAACAAGCACAGAACACACUAUUUUGUUGUAUCACAUAACUGUUGUAAAUUAUGUGGAGUUCUUACUCUGCUUGGGCAUGAGCUGUUAGUUUUGUUGUCUCUGAUAAGGAGGUGAUGAUACACAUUUGGUUAUUGUGCAGCACUACUGUGGAACCUUCAGUUAGUUGUUUCAGAGUGCUCUUGUGCUGAUGAGUUUAAAGCUUCCACGGCGAUAAUGAGAUCAUUGUUAUAACACUCUGCUUAUGUUUCAUUAGAUGGAUUUUAGCAAACAAGCAGAUAGCCUUCUGAAAACAAACCAAAAAAGUGGUAUGGUUUGUUUAAAGAUAGCUGAAAAAAAUGGAAUAACCUAUUCAAAUUAUGUAAAUAUUUGUCUUGUUUCAAUAUAAAUUUUGAAGUUUCUAUUUCAAUACUUUUGUUUUCAUCCUACCGAAUAGCUAGAAUUCAUACAUUGAGGGCAAAAGGUCAGAAACCAGUAAAGAACGUUGAUUACAAUAUAAUCUUUUGCAGUCCGAUUAAGGUAACGACUCCUGUAAUCGCUUUUUUUUUUCUUUCUUAUGAGAGUUAGGAUCCAGAUGAAAGCUCCAGGCCACAUGGAAAUUUUGCUAUGUUAAGUGGCUUGUGACUGCAUGAAUAUGCACGCUUUUGCCAAUUUACUGGCUCACAUAUCUACAAUACCAACGAAUCAAAAAGCCCCAGCAAGUGACUAGAAAACAUCACAAGCAACUUGGUGCGAGCAACAACCCAAACGUGUUUACAGUAACAGGGACUGGUUCUAUCUGCCACGCGUUAUUGUUAUGCAAGUGAAAUGUUGCUCUACAUGACUGUUGCAGCACUGCUGGAGUGCUUCGGGUCAAUCACUCUAAGGCACCAUUAGCUAACGCAGCCCUGGGCACCUUUUCAUGCUUGCUACAAAAGUGGCAGAAAGCUGUCAUUACCAUGAGAUUAAACACUUUAAGAAAUUAAGUCGGAUGCAGCUAACACCUGAGCUGGGGAAUCGAAUCGGGCUUACUAGUGCCUCCAUACGAAAUCACUAUUGACCUGUGCGAGUAUGAGCUUUCCAAGUAAAUUACAACACCAGGUUACAGAAGCAGUUCUGCUCUUGUUUGUCUCAAACUUGAAAUCUUCCUGGUGAAAGUGUAUUGACAAAACACAUGAUCUCUUAAUGUUUUGUGUGCCCGUAGCAGUUCACAAGCCAUGGCCUAGCUUUUGUAUGUGCAAACAUACCUAUUGCAUUUACAACAGUGUUCUCAAUGGCUUUGCCUGUUUGCCACCUUUGCUCGUGCAGUGUUUACCGGCACAUUUUCUCCCUUCUCUAAACUUGUCUGCAAGUAGGUAAAGCUGUGUUUUAACCUUAUGGUUUGUGAAGUACCACUGUGCUGUAACCAGACUACUAUGUCAGUUGCCUAACCGUAGCCCUACACCACACCUUUUCUUCACCAGCUGCACCCACUGGGAAAAGUGCAUAGCAUGUGCCAGCACGUAGCAGACAUUGGCAGAAGGUCGUGUGCAGCAUGGCCUCCGAUAUAGCGCACGCACUCUUUAUCUCGGAGACCAUGCCAUGUGCGGCCUCUCUCAUUUGCCAUGUGGCGAUGUGCACGGAACACUCUGCCCAGCAGGCAUGGCAAGCAGUGGAAAAGGGUCACAUUUCUGAGGCACUCCAAAGUGGAGCUGGAAACUGACCAUGCAGUCCAGUAGGCAGCUGUAAAUAAGCAAUUAGUUUACGUGGUGAUACUGGUGGCCAUUGCCCUUAAGCAGAAACAGAUUCUUGAGACAUGAGUGGCAUGCUAAUUAUGUGCAGGUACAUUGAGAAAUUAAUGGAAUUCAUUUGGCCAGGACCAGGAGGUCUGUGUUGUGCACAAAGAAAAGCAAAAAGAGAGAAUGUGGAUGGUUUAGGCAGGUGUUACCAGCACGAGUACUUGGAACAUUUACAGCAAAGAUGGUGUCCACACUUGUGAUUUAGCCCAAACCAAAUUUUUGUAGGCUUUUCUUAAUGCUUCUACCAAGUUAUCGGCUGUACUCUUCCAAGUCAAGCCGUGACCAACAAUGAAGGAGGUCUUCAAGAAGCAAACCUUUUUUCCUAUGCAUCCUGGCAAUUCCUGUGAACUCAAAUCUUUUAUAGAGUUACACUGCUAGUCAAUACCACCUUUUCAUUUUUUUUCCCAUGUCACUCUAUGUUCUUUAUAGUAAUUUAUCCGAAGCAUUUGAUAUCUUGAAGGUUGUUCCAUGCCAUUGCUUCCACCUAUAAUGGCAGUAUUCUUUUUACAUGUUCUUGAACCAGGUUCUUGCACUUGUUCUGUAUGCCACUUUACUAUUGAAACCUGGCUCACAUGUACUUGUGUUCAUAGCAUUUUCAAGCUACUGGGCGGUAUUGACUUCUAAAUUAGCACUUUCACAAACAGCUACUGUGUACAACUUCCACAGCAUAUUUACUUUGCCACCGCUAGAAUGUCCUAAAAUACUGAACAUUCACAUGCUGUUUUGAAAUAGCUAAACAUCAGCUUUGCUCAAAAAUUCAGAGCGCCCCAGAAAGUUUUGUAUUGUGUAGAAGUGGUGGUGCAAUGGUCCGUUUUAGAUUCAUACAUGAACGUCAUUGUGGAAGAUUCGGAAUGUACUGUUUUCAUAUUACCUUCAUCCAGUCAUCUUGGGCUUGCUUUAUUGGCUUUAUUUAGUUGUUAUACAGUGAUAUAGUCCAGAGACAUUAUAUGCAGUACAUCAGUUAUAUACUCAAGGUGUUCACUUGCACAUUUAAUAUGCAGCUGGUGCUUUACAAUGAAAUGUUAAAAUUCUGAAAUAUUCAUUUGUAUAAUUUUCAUACUUUUUUUUUUUGGCCAUUUGGUGGCUGUACUUGGGCCAUACUCAGAAUUGAACUUUUUGGGACGUCACUUUCAAUGCAUGCUGAUUGGCGAAGCCGGCAGUUAGAAUUCCAGUCAAUCCAGUAGAGGGUAGGAUAGGACACAAUGCUGCAUAAAAAAAAAUAAUCAGAAGUAAUCACUUGACAACAUGGCUCCUGCACAUACUCAAGGCUCCUUAAUGUAUUGUAAGGUGGUUCAAGAUGGGGCUAAAUCUUUUCGUGCGUAUUAGAACGAUUGUUCUCGCUGCAGCAAUCUAGUAAACGUACUGAGUGAACUUGGUAGGCUGCAAAGGGAAAUGGCCAUUGUAGUAUUUAGCGUACAGCCAUUAUAUGCGAAGCCUUGUCUGCUGUUGUGGAAAGGAGCAUCCUCCAUGUAUAAUCACUUGCAUGGGAGCAUAGUGUAGCAAAGCACCUGUAGUCUCUGAUGUGCUGCCAGUGUAACUUCUUUGUAACCUUAACACUACCUGCUGGGGGAUGUGCGACUAUGGUACUUAAAGGGUUAUUAAUGAACACACCAAGCCAAUGUAUAAUGUGCACUGCCAACUGCUUUCUCGCAGCACACUCAAAGAAUCUCUCGGUAUACUGUCCAUGUCUUUAUAUUGGCUCUUAAUAUGCACAACGUCAAUAUAGACUGUGUCUUGUUCAGGGAGCACACCGUUAUAUUGCAGUGAGUAGAAAGUUAGGAACCCAAUGUUCAAAAAUUGGAACAAGGCUGUGGCUAAGAUUUCUUUUGGAACUGGCUUAUUUUUGUUCAGUGCUGCUAGAGAUGGCUGUUGCUUGCACUUUUUUUUUUCAUUUUGUCAAUCUUGCUUCAGUGAAGCAGCAAGAGUUUCACCUGUAAAUCAGAGACUGAUUGCUUUCAAUGGGAAGCUCAAGUUCCAAUGGCAGUUAGAAGAAAUCCGCUUCUGACAAUAAUUGUGGUUCUGUUUCAUUAUAAACUGCUUUAUUUUUUUAAACUUUACAAUUCAUGCUACCAUUUAACAAAACUUGUUGCUGAGCUAGUUGGUUCAUGACUUAAAAACAAAGAUUACGGCACUAAGCAGACGAGGACGAAGUGAGACACAGAGCUUGUAUAUGUUGUUUAUGUCCCACUUUGUCCUUGUCUGCUUAGUGCCGUAACCUUUCUUUUUACGUCAUGCUAUCAGUUAUGUGCGAGAAGAGUGUCCACAAUUGUACAUUUGUUUGGGUAGUGUGUGACGAGAUGCAGUGGCUUUACCUGUAAAUCCGAGGCAUUGCGUUGCACUAAAAUGUGAUAGCCCUCUUGAGAGAGGCAUUUCUGUACUAUAAGCUUGAUGUUGGCACUUUGCUGCCUGCUCUGUUGUGCUGCAUGUCAUUUGCCCCUGGUUUAAUAAAUGUUACUGGAAGUCGUG